AUGCUCGCGUAUCCCGUAUCCAGUAAUAGGCAAGUCCCGUGGGACCCCGCUCAGCGUCCGCCAUCCCCACUCAAUCCCGCCGCUAGACGCUUCCCCGCGCCCAUUCCUCCCCGCACUUGCGCGCAGGAAGCUUCCGCCAGUCCUUACGGUGCGAGUCCCCAUAGCGGAAGCCCCUAUGGCGCAGUCUCUUCCGCUUCCCCGGUUCCGCUCCGCCGGUAUAACUCCGUCACCUCCCCCGUUCCGCCGCCCGUUUCCGUUCCCCCCGCCGGAUCUUCCCCCGCGCCCAAGUCUCCCCUCUUCCGCACGCCCUCGCUCGGCACCCCCGUGCGUAUCUCCGCCGCUAGAGAACAACCGUCGCCGCCCAUGUUUCUCCCGCCCACCGCCUCGGGGGCCCUCCCGAUAGCAGUUCCGCUCUAUAUUCCGCCCCCCGUGGGGCCGGCGGACCGUUCGUUUGCGCCCAGCUGCGCGUAUGAGCCGCGGGCGCAGCAUCUGGACCGCGCGUUUGCUCACGACGGCGGUUGCGCGUAUGAGCAGCGGGUGCCACCACGGGGACCUGCGGGCCCGCUCGCACGGGGAAACAGCGGCGCCGCAUCCCGCCGCGCUGCGCCGAUUCCGCGCCACUCCUCCCUCCCCCUUGCGGCUUCCGCCUAUCCCAGCGGGAACUACUCUUCCGCCGUUUCGAACGGCCCUUGUCCCGUUCCUAGUAACAAUCAGCGACACGCGAAAGGUCCUGCUGGUAACCUGGUGACCAGCGGAGAAGACAGCGGGAAAUAUGUUCAGGCGGGCGGGUGGGAGAAACCGUUUAUUCAUCGAUCCACGUCAGCACCCGUGCCUGAUGACGAGGCUUGGGAAGAGGAAAGGGAAUAUGAAGAGGGGGAGGAGGAAGAGGAGGGGGAGGACUGGGAGGAGGAGAUGGGGGAAAACGAGAUGGCGCCGGAAGGGGAAGGGCGCAGGGGGGAGAUGAGCGGCGCGGGCGGAUGGCAAGUGAGUGCGCGGGCUGGGGGGCCGGCGGGAGGGGAAACGCGGGGGUGGCGCGGGGAGAAACCCCGGCGGCAACCGGACAGGGCUUACCUGACUAGCCCGUACGACCAGCAGCAGCAGCAGCAGCAGCAGCAGCAGCAGCAGCAGUCACACCUUGCGAGGCAUUUAAGCCUGGAGCCGCAAUUCGCGGAUAACCGAUGCGGUCAAACGCGGGGGGACGAGCAGCGGGCGGAAGGGCGGGAGGGGAGAGGCGCGAACCUGCUGCGACAAGCAUCGGACGGGCAAUGCCUUGCGCGCAACGGCGGGUAUGGGCGGGGGGAACGCGGGGACGCGCAAGACGGGCAGGACAGGCAAUAUCUGGACAGGCAGGACCCGGACAGGCAAAUCCUGGAUAGGCAGUGCCCAGAUAGGCAGCAACCGGACAGGCAGCAACCGGACAGGCAACAACCGGACAGGCAACAACAGGACAGGCAACAGCCGGACAGGCAACAGCCGGACAGGCAACAGCCGGACAGGCGUCAGCUGGACAGGCGGCAUGCAGACGGCAUGUACGUGGACAGGAGCGAGCCGGACCGCGAGCGGCUGAUAGAGCUGCGUCUGCGGCGCGUGGAGCGGCGGCGGCAGCAGCAGUGGCACCACGAGCGGCAGCGCAAGGCGGCGCACAGGCUGAUGGCGGAGCGACGGCAGCAGUGGCAGCUGUGGCGGCAGCAGCAGCAGCAGGGGCAGUGGCAGGGGCAGGAGGAGCAGGGGCAAAAGCAGGGGCAGCAGGGACAGGGGCAGGGGCAAGCACAGCAACAGGAGUGGUUUCAGCAGCAGCAGCAGCAGCAGCAGCAGGUGUAUCAGCAGCAACAGCCAGAGAGAGACGAUUACGAGAAGGAAAAGCCAGCCACGUCACCUUACCAGCAGGCCAUGUCACCUUACCAGCAAGCCACGUCUCCUUACCAGCAAGCCACGUCGCCUUACCAGCAAGCCACGUCACCAUACCAGUCUCUCACCCAUCGCACACGUUCGCUGCCUCAGCACUACCAGCCGUGCACUGACCACGCCAAUACCGCCUGCAAUAGCAGCGUCCUCCCCAGCCAUCCUGCCUGCGCCAGCCACCUGCAGCGCUCUGCCUCGGAUGGACGUGCAAUAACUGGCCAGGUGGCACCUGACCAAGAUUCACCUGACUGUGAUUCACCUGACCAGGUGGUUCCUGCCCAGGUGCUAGUGCCCAACCAGAUGACACCUGGACAGGUGGCACCUGGUCAGGUGGUUCCUCAGCUGCUGCCGAGCAGGUCCAUGCGGCAGCUGAGGAGAAUGCCGCCUCUUGACUCGAGAACGCAGCAGCAGCAACAGCAGCCAGACAUUCGCACACAGCGGGCACGAGUAGCUGUUCCCGAGCCUACCCAGUCCCCCUCUUACCAGACCUCUUCCCCUUGCCUCCCUCCUCGUUCCCCUCAUCAAUCCCCUCCUACCUCCCCUCCCUACACCUCCCCUUGCUCCCCUCCUCUCUCCCCUCCUGCAUCUACCGGAACAGCCAUCUGCCACUCCCCUUCCCUCUCCUCGCCCUCUUCCUCUUCCUCCUCCUUCGUGUGGCCGAGGGGAAACGGGCCGGACUUUGCGGCAGGCGGGAGGGCUGCGUUGGGGGGAGCGGACAAGUGGGUGGCGUGCUUUGUCCCGCAGAAGCUGUGCUGA